CAGCAGGACAGGGACCGGGGACACAGCAGGAAGAAGCUGUGACCUGGGGGCUGCCCCAGCGAUGGACCCCAAUGACCCACGGGGGAAAAGAGUCGCCAUUGUUGGUGGUGGUCUGGUCCAGCUUCCCCUCCAUGUUCCCACGGGAAUGCUGCAUUAUCCUGAAUCCUACUGAGGAAGAUAUGUAUAGUCUGGAGAGGAGCAGGGAGCUUGCCUGUACCAGCUCCUGUUGUCUCUGGCUGAAGGGGUGGGUGCGUUAAAUGCCUGUUUCUUUGCUAGACGAGGUUUCCAUGUUGACGUUUAUGAAGCCAGAGAAGAUAUCCGGGUGGCCAGCCUUGCCCGUGGCAGGAGCAUUAACUUGGCGCUGUCCCACAGAGGACGCCAAGCCCUCCGAGCUGUGGGGAUGGAAGAGCAGGUACCCUGGUGGCUUCUGUUGCUGGUGGGAUCUCUAUGGUUGACUUCAACUAGGCUCAUUUCUGCUCCCCAAGCACACAGGGACCACCACAACAGUAGCUCUGCUUUUGUGAGGGUGCAGGUAGACCUUUGCCACUGCUUGCCCACAGCCUGGGGACAGCCACCAACAGGGAUCUCUCCCAGCCUGGGGACAGUACAAGCCCUGGGCAGCUGGGCUCUGCUCAUGGCAGAGGGUGCUUCCUCAGGAGACCAACACUCAGAAAACACCUUCCAAUAUUUACAUCUCCCCCAUGCUCUACUCCCUCCUGCAGGGUGAGGGCAAACAGGGCAGGAGCAGGUAUUUUCCCUCAAAAUCUUGAGCUUUGGGCUGAGAGCCCAGCGCUCCUCUGCAGGGUGCUUGCUACUGUUUAACAUCCAGCUGUUGGCAGUGGUGGGAUGUCCUGGCUCCUGGUCCCUCCAGAGAAGGAGCCCAGGCUUUGACAGGUCAUAUCCCAGCAUCAGGAUAUAACCUGACUGUUAUCCCCUGCCCAGCCCAGCACCCUGGGGCUUUUCAUGUCCCUUCUAUAAAAAAAAUUGGUUUUAAACUGAUUUUCGUGAGAAUGAGCUUGUAAGUAAUCUCAGUAAAAUGUAGUGGCUUAGUGUUGACAGCCCUGUAAAAUUUUCCCCAGUAACUUGGAUAUCCACAUGAAAAUGUAUGAGCAGAAAGCAUCCCAUUCAAUCUGGAGUGCAGUGCGCGGGGAUGAUGGCGCUUGGUGGCUUGUGCCCUGCUGCUUGGCAACUCAUUUUUGGCCAGAAGACUGCGUUUUCUUUCCUUCUGUUUCAGAUUGUGUCCAAAGGCAUUCCCAUGCGGGCACGGAGGAUACACACGCCUUCAGGGAAGAAGUAUUCUAUCCCCUAUGGGAAGAAGAACCAGUACAUUCUCUCUGUGGACAGAACAAACUUAAACAGAGAGCUGCUAACAGCUGCAGAGAAGUAUUCCAACACUAAACUGUACUUUGGACACAAGCUUGUGGGGUGCAACGCAGAGUUGGGGACAUUAACCAUAAAAAGAUCUGACCAGCAGCCCUUGGAAGUCACCUAUGAUCUUAUCGUAGGAUGUGAUGGAGCCUUCUCAACAGUCAGAAAGCAGUUCAUGAGACAAGCGCGCUUUAACUACAGUCACGAGUACAUUCCUCAUGGUUAUAUGGAGCUGACUAUCCCUCCCAAGGAUGGAGAUUUUGCCAUGGAACCAAACUACCUCCAUAUCUGGCCAAGAAACACCUUCAUGAUGAUUGCGCUGCCCAACAUGGACAAGUCCUUCACCUGCACGCUCUUCAUGCCCUUUGAGGAAUUUGAGAAGCUCACAACAGGCGAGCAAGUGCUGGGGUUUUUCCAGUCCCACUUCCCAGACGCCAUCCCUCUCAUCGGAAAGCGAGAGCUGAAGCACGAUUACUUUUUGCUGCCAGCCCAGGCCAUGAUAUCUGUGAAGUGCUCCUCCUACCACCUUGCUUCCCGGUGCGUGUUGAUGGGAGAUGCCGCACAUGCCGUCGUGCCCUUCUAUGGACAGGGCAUGAAUGCGGGAUUUGAGGAUUGUCUGGUUUUUGAUGAAUUAAUGGACCAGUUUCACAAUGACCUAGGUGCCUGCCUCCCUGAGUUCUCCAGGCUGAGAGUGCCAGAUGACCAUGCGAUCUCAGAUUUAGCCAUGUACAACUACAUAGAGAUGCGUGAGCACGUGAAUUCAACGUGGUUCAUUUUUCGGAAGCACGUAGACAACUUCCUCCACACGCUCAUGCCUUCCACCAUCGUCCCACUGUACACCAUGGUGACCUUCACCAGAAUUCGCUACCAUGAGGCACUUCAGCGCUGGAAAUGGCAGAAAAAGGUAAUUGAUCGAGGGCUAUUUGUUGUGGGGGCAGCAGGACUGGGUGGCACCUACUUGCUCAUAAAGCGGUUGGCACGGGACUUCUGCAUGGAAAACUUGUGGCGCUGGUCCCAUUCGCUGAAGAAUGUCAGAAAUUUUCCUUUUGGUGCAUGAGUGGCUUAAAUGUAAGGGGAGCUCCUGGCUGUAAUAAAAGCAGAGACACAG